GAGGCGCCCGGUGCCUCGUGCGCAUGCGCGGCAGGCCCCUCGGGACGAGCCGGAGGCAGAGCGUGAGUACAAAGUGAUCGGCCUCGGCCGCACGCAGUAGCCCCCCUACUCCCCGGGCCAAGUCAGGGCCGCCCUCUUCCCGCCGAGUCGCAACCACGGGUAGCCCGUGUAGGUAACGGCAGGUCCAGGCCUGCGCAUGAGCGGAAGGCCCCCCGCGCGACCUGGAAUGGCCCGGGCGCGCGCGGUCAUGUGGGAGUUGUAGUCCUCCGUCCCCGCCCGCGCGGACUCCGUUUCCCGUGGUGCCCCGGGCGGCCCGCUUCCGGCGCAGCUACGGGUCGGCGCACGCGGCCUCGGUCCGGUUGACUUUGCGGAGCCAUGGAGGGCGGCUUCGGCUCCGAUUUCGGGGGCUCCGGCAGCGGGAAGCUGGACCCAGGGCUCAUAAUGGAGCAGGUGAAAGUGCAGAUCGCCGUGGCCAACGCGCAGGAGCUGCUGCAGAGGAUGACGGACAAGUGUUUCCGGAAGUGUAUAGGGAAACCUGGGGGCUCUCUGGACAACUCCGAGCAGAAGUGCAUCGCCAUGUGCAUGGACCGCUACAUGGACGCCUGGAACACCGUGUCCCGCGCCUACAACUCGCGGCUGCAGCGGGAACGAGCCAACAUGUGACCGGCGAGCCCGCGGGCCACCCCACCCUGUUUAUUUCCAUAAACGUGCUUUGAGAGGCGGGUUCCGCACGUGCGUACUGCCUGCCCGGGGCUUAGGAGGGUGGCACCGGUGCUGGGACAGACGGGACUGUGUCCUCGCCACCCCCCGCCCUGCCCCCUGCCAGCCAGUGCAGCUUGGAUCUCGGGGGUGUGGGGCCCUGUGGCUUCCCAAAGUGCUGGCAGCCCAGUGGCACCUCCUUCAGGCCUUUGGGUUCUUCCCCUAGUGUGCCCAGGUCAGCCUCGUAUUCUGGGCGGACAACUCGUCUGGACUUUGGAGUUGGGGGUGGUCAGACCCCACGGGAGCUGUCACCUCCUGCGGAUGGUCAAAUAAAUUGGUGGAGGACGGAGA